CUAAUCUCAAGAUCUCAUUGGCCCAAAAAUGUGGGAAGCUUCUAGAGUCCGUUGUGUUUGAAUGUUUAUGUGUAGACAAUAAAUAAAUACCGUAGUAAGAGUCGGAUAGAUUUAUAAUUACGAAAAAAAAGAAAUGUAGUGUUGGAUCUCUUUCUUCUGUGUGGGAAGGGAGUUUCGCGUUGCCGGCAUUUCGUUUGAUUCCGAAGAAAUAGAACAGGUGUCAGAAAUCUUGUUCUUGGCUUUAUUCAAAAUGUUUAAAACUAAUUAAAAUAGUUUUUACUCUCUAAGAAAUUUACAAAGAUUAUUCAUUGUUACGUAUUAUUCUGUAGACCUUGGGAAAUAUAGAAGCUGUAUCAAAGAUGGCAGCAUCAAAAAGCACUAUGGAGUUCAGUUCUCCUACUGAUGGAAUCUUUACUUGGGCAACUCCCCUGAGUCAACCAAGAGAUUUAGAUUUUUCCACCAAAAGAAAAUGUAAUAAUGAUAGUGGAUACAACAGCGUCAGCCCUGCUUCUGUCAGUAGAACAUUAAACCACCAUUACUCAGGAGCUACACCAGAUAUUACAGAGGAUACCAGAUUUGUUUCAAGAGAAGGAGAGGUUAUGUAUACUCCAGCUACGAAAGUAAAAACAGACUGUAAGAGGUUGUUAUUACAUUGUUCUCAAGAUGGAAAAUCUUCAGAAUAUUUGGGCAGUCCACCUAUUGGAGAAAUGGAUUCCUAUUCUGAUUUCUUAAUGGAUGCAUCUCUUUACACUGAGCCUAUGGAUAUUUCAGUUGUGGAGUCUUCACCUCAGUUGAAUAUAAUCCCUGAAGAAAGUUUGGAUAUGUGUGAAAUUACAAAAAAAAUUACUGUGGACUUGUCCAUGGAUGUUAGUUCAAUUUGUUCUGAGCCUAUCACUCCAUUACGAAAAAUUUAUGCAGACAGAUUAUUCAAAACUCCCUUAACACCGAUCAAGGCAUCUUAUACAUCACCUAGAAAAAAAAGAUUUCCUUUAAAAAAGAAGGUUCAUCGACCAAAAUUCUUGACAGGGUUUGAAAAAAUAGAUAUUCUAUAUCAACUUGGUGAAAAAUCCACUUAUAAUCCUGCAAUUGAAAGAAUCCUCAGUUAUUUGUCUGAUAACGAUCUUUCAAAUGUAACAAUGGUUUCGAAAAGUUGGAAAAAUAUUUGUUUAAGUAAUCCUAAAGCGAAAGAGAGGUGGCUGAAUUAUAUUUCUAGAAGAAAAGAAAUUAAAGAAAAUCUACAUUGUAGCGGAGGUAAGCAGAAAAUUUCCACAACACCCUUAUUGAAUAGAAAUCAUAGCACACCAUUAAAAUUAAGACAGCCCUCAAGCCCACCUGUAAGCCCCAGUAAAUUAAGAUUUCAUUUGUUUCAGAAGGAGGCAAGCAAGCUAAAAGAAGAUGAAACAUUGAUGGCGUGUCCAAGCUGUUCUCUCCCCUCGACGUGUAGCCCAUCUACAAGGCUAGGUCGGUGUUCUCGGUUGAGCUGUGGUAUGGAAUUCUGUUGUUCCUGCCGUUCACCAUACCACGGCCGUAGACCUUGUACAACAUCUACUCCAAUCAGCCCGCAAAAGCCCAAGAGGAUUGGAAGUAAAGAGAGCAAGAGGUUCCUUAGAAGACUGUGAUAAUAUUUUUCCUUUGGGAAAAAAUGAUUAAUUGCUCUAGCAAAUAUUCUACUUAAUAGUACAAUUUAAGUGCUCAUGCCUUAGUUUAUGUAAGUAUGUGUCUUAUUUCACUUUUUUGUUUGUGUCUUGUUCUCUAAUUUUUGUUGAAAGUUUAAUGUCUGUGCAUCACAUUGUAAUUGUUCUUAUUUGUAAUUGAGAUUUUUAUUGUUAAAAUGAAAUUUUAAUAUAUUGAGAUUUAAAGGAUAUUGUAUAUAAUUAUG